ACGAAAUGAUGCAUACCAUCGGACAAACCCAUGAGCAGCAGAGAACAGAUCGAGAUAGAUAUAUUGAAGUGUAUCGAGACAAAAUACAAUCGAAUUCUUACUUUGCGAACUUUGCACAGAAAAGUUCGUACGAUCGGACACCUUACGACGCCGAGUCAAUCCUACAGUACAGCCUUACUUCAGCAGCAGUCAAUCAAGGAGAAAGAACCAUGAGACUCAAAGACGAAAGACUCGAGGCACUAGUAGGCUCUUCUCAGACAUUUACACAUAGUGACGUCAAGGAAAUCAAUCUUGCGUAUAAAUGUGCAGAUCACUGCCAAAACCCACCUAACUGUAGAAAUGGAGGAUUCGUUGGUUCACAGUGUGAUUGUGUAUGUCCGAAUGGUUUAACUGGAGCGACAUGCGAACAAGUUAUAUCAGAUUCCGGCUGUGGAGGUGUUUUUAAUUUACAAACUGGACAGCAGGAAAUAAUAGAAUCCCCAAACUACCCGAAUGCCUACUCUACAGAUACAGUUUGCCUGUGGCUUAUAAGGGGUCCGUCUGAUUCCAAUAUUAGGUUGACGCUCCAAGAAUUAGACCUAGCGAGAAAUACACAACAGUCUAAAUGCUUGCACUGGUUAGAAGUUCGAUAUAAUAUGCCUGGACAAACUGGCAUCAGGCUUUGCAACACACAACAACAACAGCAGCAGAUUAUAACAACCAAUGACGGUGAAAGAAAUAUCUUGAUUCUAAAAUUUGACAGCAGACUUUCCAGAAAUGUUCAACCAAACCAAAAUCAAAGGUUCAAGCUUAUUGUUGAAACCGUAGGAGGCUCAACAAGUAAUCCAUGUGAUCCAAACCCCUGUCUCAAUUCCGGAGUGUGUUCAGUUUUUGGCACAUCCUUUCAGUGCAAAUGCUCUCAAGGAUGGAGUGGGACUGUUUGUAAUAUUGCUUCUGAGUCCUGUCAAUCUAAUCCAUGUUUAAACGGUGGCGCAUGUAGCAUGGUGGGAAACAGUUUCUCUUGUACAUGUCAAAAGGGAUGGACUGGACCAAAUUGUGAAACUCCAGAAAGUCAGGUAACAACAGUACCAUUUACGACCACAACUUCACAGAAUUCAUUAUCAAGAUUAUGUGAUUUCGAAGAUUCCACCUGUUGGAUGCAAAGUGGAAAUUUAAUGAUAGGAAAGGUAAAUAUUGUGGUAUAA